CUCCCCACAUCCUGCUUUACUGGGUCAAGUCCCUCUUAGAGCCACUCUUGCUCAUGGUUGCUAAAGUGGACCAAGUGGCACUGCUGUGGGGGGUCUCCUCGGCAAUUUUGCUUCAUCUGUGCUUGGACCUCUCAGAUUGCUUCCAAUGAAAAUGACCUUGCCUGGGAAUCCUGCUUGUUCCUUCAUCUUCUAAUUAUGGGACGAGGUUGUGCCAGCACAUCUGGGGGCAGGAGAACGGGGCUCAUCAAGCCAUCCAGAAAGCAUUGGAGGACUUGUCCAGCCUUUGAAGAGCUCUAGCAGCCUCUGAAUCUAGCCCACUCUGGCGGUAAGCACGAUGCCACUUCUGCAACUUCUGCUGGGGCUUUUCGGGCCAGGUGGCUACUUGUUCCUUUCAGGGGGUUGUCAGGAGGUAGCCACUCUCACAGUGAAAUACCAAGUGACAGAGGAGGUGCCACCUGGCACAGUGAUAGGGAAGCUGUCCCGGGAACUAGGCCGAGAGGAGAGGCCUGGGCAGGCGAGGGCUGCCUUCCAGGUGUUGCAACUGCCCCAGGCGCUCCCCAUUCAGGUGGAUGCUGAGGAUGGCUUGCUCAGCACGGGGAGGCGGCUAGAUCGAGAGCAGCUCUGCCGGCAGAGAGAUCCCUGCCUGGUUUCCUUUGAUGUGUUUGCCACAGGGGAUCUAACUCUGAUCCACGUGGAGAUCCUAGUGCUGGACAUCAAUGACCACCAGCCACAGUUCCCCAAAGGGGAGCAGGAGCUGGAAAUCUCUGAGAGUGCCUCUCUGCACACGCGAAUCCCCCUGGACAGAGCUCUUGACCCAGACACUGGCCCUAACACCCUGUACUCCUAUACUCUGUCUCCCAGUGAGCACUUUGCCCUGGACGUCAUCGUGGGGCCUGAUGAGACCAAACAUGCGGAACUUGUGGUGGUGAAGGAGCUGGACCGGGAAGUCCACUCAUUUUUUGAUCUGGUUUUAACUGCCUAUGACAGUGGGAAUCCCCCCAAGUCAGGCACCAGCUUAGUCAAGGUCAAUGUCCUGGACUCCAAUGACAAUAGCCCCGUGUUUGCUGAGAGUUCACUGGCACUAGAAAUCCGUGAAGAUGCUGCCCCCGGCACUCUCCUUAUAAACCUGACCGCCACAGACCCUGACCAAGGUCCCAAUGGGGAGGUGGAGUUCUUCCUCGGCAAGCACGUGCCUCUAGAGGUGCUCCACACCUUCAGUGUAGAUGCCAAGACAGGCCAGGUCAUUCUGCGCCAAUCCCUGGACUAUGAGAAGAAUCCUGCCUACGAGGUGGAUGUCCAGGCAAGGGACCUGGGUCCAAAUCCCAUCCCAGCCCAUUGCAAAGUUCUCAUUAAGGUUCUGGACGUCAAUGACAAUGUUCCCAGCAUCCACGUCACGUGGGCCUCCCAGCCAUCAUUGGUGUCAGAAGCUCUUCCCAAGGACAGUUUCAUUGCUCUUGUCAUGGCAGAUGACUUAGACUCAGGAAACAAUGGUCUGGUUCACUGUUGGCUGAAUCAAGAGCUGGGCCACUUCAGGCUGAAAAGGACUAAUGGCAACACAUACAUGCUGCUAACCAAUGCCACUCUAGACAGGGAGCAGUGGCCCAGAUAUACACUUACCCUGUUAGCCCAAGACCAAGGAGCCCAGCCCUUAUCAGCCAAACAAUUGCUCAACAUUCAGAUCAGUGAUGUCAACGACAAUGCCCCUGUGUUCGAGAAGAGCCGGUACGAGGUCUCCACUCGGGAGAACAACCUACCCUCUCUUCACCUCAUCACCAUCAGAGCUCAUGAUGCAGACUUGGGCAUUAAUGGAAAAAUCUCAUACCGCAUCCAGGAUUCCCCAGUGUCUCACUUAGUAGCUAUCAACUCAGACACCGGAGAGGUCACUGCUCAGAGGUCACUGGACUAUGAAGAGAUGACUGACUUUGAAUUCCGGGUGAUAGCAGAGGAUAGAGGUGAACCCCAGCUUGCCUCCAGCAUCUCUGUGUGGGUCAGCCUCUUGGAUGCCAAUGAUAAUGCCCCUGAGGUGAUUCAGCCUGUGCUCAGCAAUGGGAAAGCCAGCCUCUCAGUGCUUGUAAAUGCCUCCACAGGCCACCUUCUGGUGCCCAUCGAGACUCCUAAAGGCUUGGGUCCAGCAGGUGCUGAUUUACCACCAGUGGCCACUCACAGCUCCCGGCCAUUUCUUUUGGCAACAAUUGUGGCAAGAGAUGCAGACUCUGGGGCGAAUGGAGAGCUCCUCUACAGCAUUCGAAGUGGGAAUGAAGCCCAUCUCUUUGUCCUCAGCCCUCAUCUGGGGCAGCUAUUCAUCAAUAUCACCAAUGCCAGCAGCCUCAUUGGGAGCGAGUGGGAGCUGGAGAUACUGGUAGAAGACCAGGGUAGCCCCCAAUUGCAGACUCGAGCCCUGUUGAGGGUCAUGUUUGUCACCAGUGUGGACCACCUAAGGGACUCUGUCCAGGAGCCUGGGGUCCUGAGCACGUCGGUACUGACUGUGAUUUGCCUGACUGUAUUAUUAGCUAUCUUUGGGUUGAUUUUGGUUCUGUUCAUGUCCAUCUGCCGAACAGACAAGAAGGACAACAGGGCCUACAACUGUCGGGAAGCUGAGUCCACUUACCGCCACCAACCCAAGAGGCCCCAGAAACACAUUCAGAAGGCGGACAUCCACCUGGUGCCUGUGCUCAGGGGCCAGACAGAUGAGCCUGGUGAAGUUGAGCAGUCCCACAAGGACAUGGGCAAGGAAGCAGUGAUGGAAGCAGGCUGGGACCCCUGCCUACAGGCCCCCUUUCACCUCACACCAACCCUGUACAGGACCCUGCGUAACCAAGGCAACCAGGGGGCACUGGCAGAGAGCCGAGAGGUGCUGCCAGACACUGUCAAUCUCCUUUUCAACCAUCCUAGGCAGAGGAAUGCCUCCAGGGAGAACCUGAACCUUCCUGAGUCCCCGCCUGCCCCAGGCCAGCCACGGGCCAGGCCUCUGAAGGUUGCAGGCAGCCCCAUAGGGAGGCUGACUGGAGACCAGGGCAGCGAGGGGGGCCCGCUGAGCCCACCAACCUCCUCUGCAACGCUGAGGCGGCAGCGGAAUCUCAAUGGCAAAGUGUCCCCUGAGAAAGAAUCGGGCCCCCAUCAGAUUCUGCGGAGCCUGGUCCGACUGUCUGUGGCUGCCUUUGCAGAGAGAAAUCCUGUGGAGGAGCUCACUGUGGAUUCUCCUCCUGUUCAGCAAAUCUCCCAGCUGCUGUCCUUACUGCAUCAGGGCCAAUUCCAGCCCAAACCAAACCACCGGGGAAAUAAGUACUUGGCCAAGCCCGGCAGCGGCAGGAGUGCAAUCCCAGACACAGAUGGCUCAGGUGCCAGGGCUGGUGGCCAGGCAGAACCGGAUCAGGAGGAAGGGCCCUUGGAUCCUGAAGAGGACCUCUCCGUGAAGCGGCUACUUGAAGAAGAGCUGUCAAGCCUGCUGGAUCCCCAUACAGGCCUGGCCCUGGAUCGGCUGAGUGCACCUGACCCCGCCUGGAUGGCGAGACUGUCUUUGCCCCUCACCACCAAUUACAGAGACAACGUGUCUUCCCCAGACACUGCGACCUCGGAGGAGCCAAGGACCUUCCAGACGUUUGGCAAAGAGGCAGGGCCUGAGCUGAGCCCAACAGGCACACGGCUAGCCAGCACCUUCCUCUCAGAGAUGAGCUCCCUGCUAGAGAUGCUGCUGGAGCAGCGCUCCGGUGUGCCAGUGGAGGCUGCCUCCGAGGCCCUGCGGCGGCUUUCAGUCUGUGGAAGGACUCUCAGUCUAGACCUGGCCACCAGUGGGGCCUUGGGCAUGGAAGCACAGGGCCCAAGUGGAAAGAAGGGGGCCGAGGGCAGGACCAGUGGCAGCAGGUGUCUCUGAACACACCUUGGAGACCUCCAGAUCCAAGAACCAGGUCCCCUAGGAGAUGUGAGUGAGCAGAAGCCCUGAGGAUUGGGUCACAUGAUCUGGUUCUAAAGUCUUGGAACUCACCAAUCAGAGGUAGUCCCAGAAUUUUAGGGUGACUGAUGCGGCCCCCAUAGAAGGGUCUGACCAAAGAACUCCCUUGAAAGGGGCUCUGUGAGUCUUUUGGAUGACAGGGACAAUUUUUGGCUGAGGUGUUUGCUGGCAAAACACACACAGAGUGUAAUGGGUUGGUUCUUCAGGCAGAACAGAAGCCAUGGAGUCUCACAAGCAGGAAGGUGGCCUUGGCUACUGGAUGAAGACUGGAUCCUGGGGGCACCAGGCAAUGCUCUCUGACCCACCAACAAAGGAGAAAAGCGGCUCAUUCUCCAGUGUGCACCUGUUGAGAGGGAGGAGGGAAGGGUAACAGAGCAAGGGUUCUUUGUUGUCCAAUCCCUAGCAAGAAAGUCAGGCUGGGUCUAGACAGGUGUGGGGCACCUUGGUUCACAGUGACAGGUAUGCAGAUGAUGGAUGUGCGUGUUCUUGUCCAUGCUCCACUGUUAUCAAAUAAUCUGCUUCUCAGCUGGAAAACGAAGACUAAGAAAAGCACAGCUAUAAAUAGAGCACUUAUAUGAGCCAAGCACCACACUUAACAAUAGGAUUUAAUUGGAUUUUCCCACAAUCCUGGGAGGGAAGUACGAUAUCCCCAUUUCACAGACAAGGAUACAAAACUUGGAGAGGUUGAGUGUCUUUCCCAAGAUGGAACGGGAAGUAGAGGCAGAGCCAGGAUUGGACCCAGGUUGAUCCAACACCAAAACCAUGCCCUUAAAUUUGGCUCAAGACUGCCAGUCAAAAGAAGGAAAACCAGAAGCCCAAGAGGUGAAUAGUGGACUCACCCAGCUCCCCUUGCAAAAAUGCUCUUAAAACGGACAUUUCCAAAGGCACUCAGGCGCACACAGCUCUGCACUAGUAAGCACUGGGUGAGAGGAACUUGGAUCUGACCUGAUGCAGGUCCUGUCCUUUCCCAGUGAGUAGCCUUUCAGUUGCUGACGUCAUCUUACCUGACCCCUGUUUGAGGGUAAAUCUUCCUUUGUCAUAGCAGGUCCAGGCCUCUGAAUUCAGGCCCCAGAGGACUGUAUGUGAACUGGAUCUAUGAAAUCCCACUGACAGCAGCCAACCUUCCAGGGGAGGAGGAGUGAAGAAACAGCAAUAUUUUCCCAAGGUUUAGCCUUAUAAUUUUCCUGGAAAUUUCCAAGUAGUCACAGCUAGUUUGUGAAUAGCACGGGGACUCUCACAGUCACUGAAGGCAGAGUUCCUUCACCUCUCUUCCUUUUGUCCUCUUUUGGAACUCAGCACUCAUGUCCACAGAAAUGGGCCAAUCAUACUCCCAACUAGGGCUAAUGAAGCAAUACAUAUUUGGGAUGCAGUGUGGCAUCAUUAUUCCAUUUUACAGAUGAGGAAAAUGAAGCCCCCAAAGUUAAAUACAUCAGGGGCAAAGAAGCUGUGGUCUCUGAUCACCUCCCUCUGGACAACAGUGAUCUCCUUACAAGAGCUGUGAUAGUCAAGCUGAUUCAUGGAGCUGCAGGUCACUGAAAGAGACCAUGAGGUCUCCUGCCUGACCAGCCAGGUACCUGACACAGAGAUACUUCACGAGUACCUGCUGAAUGGAUGCCUGAAUGAAUGAAUAAAUUGAUAAAUGAAUGCUUCAGAGUCCUCUCUUAUCUAAACUGAAACUCUGGGUAGAACUGCACUGGGAAAAAAUGGCUUCAUUAUGUAAAAGCAAACUCUGAAAACUGCAGAACUACAGAAGACCAUGCUGAUCCCCUAGCUACUAGUAGCCCUGCAGUUGGGAGGGUGGAGAAAAGAAGAAAUUGGGGGAGGAAGCUGAACCAUAGCUGCAACCGGGUCAUUGGGUUCUCAGGACUACUGUAUCCAUCACUCUAGUUCAAGGCUCUCAAACUGUAGUCCUUGACCCCUGAAUACCAGGCAAAACUUUUAUAUAGGCAUUUUUUUAGGCAGAAGGCACAAGUUCUUAUCAGAUUCCCAAGGGAGCUUGUGAUC